GCCCGGGUGCCUCUUGGCUGGACCUGCGUAAAAAAAUAUAAAAGGCUGUUUUGCUUGGAAGACGUCCGUCCGGAGGAUCCCGGAGGAGGCUGCCAUGGGGAGCAGCGGCGGCCGGGUUGCGUUGCUGACGCUGUCGCUGCUCCUGCAGCCCACGUCCCAGUUCUGGCUCUUCAACGUCCUCUUUCCACCCACCACCACCCCAGAAGCUCCCCCGACCAACAGCACGCCGCCCGUGGUACUGGUGCCCGGGUGUCUCGGGAACCAGCUGGAAGCAAAGCUGGACAAGCCGGACGUGGUGAACUGGAUGUGCUACCGCAAAACAGAGGACUAUUUCACCAUCUGGCUCAACCUCAACACCUUCCUGCCAGUGGGAGUUGACUGCUGGAUCGAUAACACCAGGGUGGUGUACAAUCGGACCUCUCGGAAAAUGACCAAUGCCCCAGGGGUGCACAUCCGCGUGCCUGGCUUUGGCAAGACCUAUUCCGUGGAAUACCUGGAUCAGAGCAAGUUGGCAGGUUACCUGCACACCCUGGUGCAGAACCUGGUGAACAACGGCUACGUGAGGGACCAGACGGUUCGGGCAGCCCCCUAUGACUGGAGGGUCGGACCCCAGGAACAACCCGAAUACUUCCAGAACCUGAAGGCACUGAUCGAGGAGAUGCAUGAUGAGUACCAGCGACCAGUCUUCCUCAUCGCUCACAGCAUGGGCAACCUGAACAUCCUCUACUUCUUGCUCCAGCAGACACAAGCCUGGAAGGAUCAGUACAUUGGGGGUUUCAUCUCCCUGGGUGCCCCCUGGGGAGGGGCCGUCAAGCCCCUGCGUGUCCUGGCAUCGGGUGACAAUCAGGGCAUCCCACUCAUGUCCAACAUCAAGCUGCGUGAAGAGCAGCGCAUGACCACCACCAGCCCUUGGAUGUUCCCCACGAGCCUGGCCUGGCCCGAGACCCACGUUUUCAUCUCCACUCCCUCCUACAAUUACACCUACCGGGACUACAAACGCUUCUUCACCGACGUCAACCUGGAGGACGGCUGGUACAUGUGGGAGGACAUGAAGGACUUGCUGAAGGGCUUACCUCCUCCUGGAGUGGACACAUAUUGCCUCUACGGCACAGGGUACCCCACAGUGGAGACCUAUAUCUAUGACGAGCGUUUCCCUUAUGAGGACCCUGUGGACAUGAUUUAUGGCGAUGGGGACGACACCGUGGCCACACGCAGUUUGGAGCUGUGCAAGCGGUGGCGCAACCAGCAAAAGCAGAAGGUGUUCAUCCAGGAGCUGCGAGGCGUUGACCACCUCAACAUGGUCUUCAGCAACCUGACGCUCAGUUCCAUCAACGAGAUCCUGCUGGGAAACCCACAGGAGCAGGGGGAACCGGGGCAGGUGGGACCCAGCCCAGAGGCAGGGAAGGCAAGGAAGAUCCUACCUGGAUGGAAGGUCCUUAAGGAGCCCAAAAAGAACUGAAAGGAACGAGGGCCAGCUUCCCUCCGUGCUGGUAGCCACCACAUCGCAGGGGAGCAACGGGCUUGGAGCUGUUUGGAAGGAAAAGGAGCAAGACCAUCUCAGGUGGGUGGGCUGGCACCCACUUCCACAGUGACUGGUUUAUUUUUUUUUCGGGAACGGCGAUUAAUUAUACUUCCAAGGCUUGUCACUUCCCA